CUCCUCCUCCUGCUCCUCCUCGGCCCCCCUCUCCUGCUGUCUGCCCAGGCCGGGCACCGGAGCCGGAUCCCCGGAUCACCGCAGGCUGUCCCGGUCGGUGUGUGACGGAGCUGCAGGGUGUACGCUCAGUUCCGUGCACGGAGCGGCCCUGCUGGGCGGAGCAGACAAGUUACAGACAAGGAGCAGCAGGUGGAGCAGGUGGGGCGGUGUCUAUCACCUGAGAUACGAGAGGCUACUCGGUGCCGGCCGUCCUUCCCAUCCCUCCACCUCCACCUCCACCAGCUUUGGGCUUUAAAAAAAAUAAAAUAAAUCAUUUGCUUCAAUCGCCGUUGUCCAUUUUUGGAGGAUCUUUUAAUCACCUGGAAGAAUGAGCGCCUACACCGUGUCACUGCCCGGCCCCGGCCCCUGGGGCUUCAGGCUGCAGGGAGGGAAAGACUUCAACAUGCCGCUGACCAUCUCCAGGAUCACUCCGGGCAGCAAAGCAGCGCAGGGUAACCUGGUGCAGGGUGAUGUCAUCGUCGCCAUCGAUGGCGUCAGCACCGACGGGAUGACUCACCUGGAGGCCCAGAACAAGAUCAAGAUGGCCAACUACAACCUGGCGCUCACCAUGUCCAAGAACAAACGUCCCAUUCCGAUACCGACAAGAAUCGAGCCUGGCACUAUCCCCUUGAUCCCUCACCAACAGGUAUACGUCGCACUCCCCGCCAACAGCGCCGGCUUCAACCCCUGCACUCUGGACAACGCCCUCUCCUCCCAUAAGCCCAUAGAGGUGACGGGCCCCGGUGGCAAGGCCACCAUCAUCCACGCCCAGUACAACACGCCCAUCAGCAUGUACUCGCAGGACGCCAUCAUGGACGCCAUCGCAGGACAGACGCAGGGGAAAGGGCACGACGCCGGUACUCUCCCAGUUAAAGAACGUCUUGUGGACAGCGCCUCCCCGGUCUAUCAGGCCGUCCAGAGUGCAGAGAAGGACCCGGACAUGUACGAGUGGGGCCGCCGCAGCGCCAGCAUGCAGUCCAAGACCUUCCGGGUCCUGGCCCACAUGACCGGAACCGAGUCCUUACCAGGAGAGGACGAGGAGAAGGAGGAGGCACUGAGGAGGAGCAGCCCUACUGAGCAUGCUCCAGCUUCUGCUGGCUCCGCUCCCGCUGCUCCGCCUGCUACCGCCACCGCUCAGCCGCUGGACCACGCCCCUGCUUCAUCUGACCCCGCACCUCACAGCCUGAAGCGACAGUCUGCCGCUGGCUACAGCUUCCAGCACAAAGCUGCAGUCUCCAGCCCGUAUCAGGCUCCACAAGCCCUGCCUCCACAACACUACCAGCCAAUGCCGCAGCAAUACCAGCCUCCCCCACAGCAGUACCAGCAACCUCCCCCGCAGCAGUACCAACAACCUCCCCCUCAGCAGUACCAGCAACCUCCCCCGCAGCAGUACCAACAACCUCCACCUCAACAGUACCAGCAACCUCCACCUCAGCAGUACCAGCAACCUCCCUCGCAGCAGAGCUCCAUUCAGAUCCCUCUUGGCGCCGCCCCGCCAAAGGUGGUCAGCACCGCCUGCAUCUACCCCUCCCAGCCAGCUCCAGGUCCAGCUCCUGCUCAUGCUCCAAUGCCACCUCAGCCCCGGCCUCCAGCCGCUGCCCCGGCCCCAGCUGCUCCUGCCUCCUCUAACAGACCCCCCUGGGUGUCCGACACCAACUUCGCCGACAAGUUCGACCCCAGUAAGAUGACCACCACCACCAUGAAGGUGCAGCCACUGCCCCAGGCUGCCCCUCCUCCACCCGCAUACAUCCCCAACUCCUCCCCCGGUGCACCCGCACCCGCAGCUCCCAGCCCCGCUCCCAUCACUCCAAGCCCCGCCCCAUUUGCUCCUGUGGCGAGGGGCGUGGCCCAAAGGGCGGAGAGGUUCGCCGCCAGCAGCCGUACGCCUCUGUGUGGGGCCUGCAACAGCAUCAUCAGGGGUCCCUUCCUGGUGGCUCUCGGUCGGUCCUGGCACCCCGAGGAGUUUAACUGUCACUACUGCCACAUGUCUCUGGCUGACGUCAGCUUCGUGGAGGAACAGAACAACGUCUACUGUGAGAACUGCUACGAGGAGUUCUUCGCUCCGACCUGUGCCCGCUGCAACACUAAGAUCAUGGGGGAAGUGAUGCACGCUCUGCGGCAGACGUGGCACACCACCUGCUUCGUGUGCGCCGCCUGUGGCAAAGCCUUUGGAAACAGCCUCUUCCACAUGGAAGACGGAGAGCCGUACUGCGAGAAAGAUUACAUCUCACUCUUCAGCACUAAGUGUCAUGGCUGUGACUUCCCUGUUGAAGCUGGUGAUAAGUUCAUUGAGGCUCUGGGUCACACCUGGCACGACACCUGCUUCGUCUGUGCGGUUUGCCACGUGAACCUUGAGGGCCAGCCUUUCUACUCAAAGAAAGACAAACCUCUGUGCAAGAAGCACGCUCACGCCAUCAACGUGUAGACCAACCUGGGAGGGCAACGCCGCCGCCCACGACGAACAACGAACCCAAGCCGCCGACAACAACUUUUACAGAU